AUGGGAUUAGCAUUGAACGCCAGCGAAGUGCUCCAGUUACGAGACUACUAUAAAAAGAUUUUGGACCCGUUCACUACUGUCUUCUCGGAGAUUCAUGCGUAUCUGUACGUCUUCUUGUGCGUUGUUGGAGUGUUUGCCAACAUUGCUAUUGUCGUCGUUUUAUUACGGCCCGCCAUGCGAAGGUCUCCAUUCAACUUGUUCCUUAUUUGUAUAGCUAUUUGCGACGCGACCUUGAUGGCUACAUAUCUGCUCUACAAGCACGUGGAAGUCUGCCAUCCGUGGUAUUUCUCUCAUGCAUGGAUGAUUUACACAAAAUUCUAUGCGAUGUUCUCUGUUUUUGUGCAUAGUGCAAGUUUAUGGUUUACUGUGAACAUGGCCGUGAUGAGGUACCUGGUGCUGUAUCGUGGGAGUCAUUCGCACAGCCGCCUACCUCCAUGCAACAACUACCUGGCCGCCUCUAUCGCUAUCGCAAUUGGAGCUGUGAUCGCGUUGAUCGGUAGUCUGCCGAAUAUGCUUCGCUACAGGAUCUAUUUACGGGGGGAAGUGCCUGUUCCAAAGAUUUGUCUCACCACCAAAUACCAUUCUUCCUGGAGCGAUUCCAGCACUAUUUAUCUAUACGAUCUGAUACAGCCUACAUGGUAUAACUGCGACUGGGAACGGAUCAACUUUUGGAUGGCUGCUUGUAUCCUGAAGUUGAUUCCAUGUGUACUUCUCACUGUAUUUAUGACUCUGCUUGUUCGGAUGCUGAUCGAAGCGAGGGAGAGGAGGUCGCGACUUUGUGGUGGCGUUGCUACAGGGAACUCACAGGCUGAACGCACUACUGCAAUGCUUACAGUAAUAGUAGCGGUUUUCCUGGUCACCGAAUUGCCUCAGGGAAUACUUGGAUUAGCCGCCGGCGUAAACCCUCGUCUAAGGUACAUCACGAACCCACUCGGAAACUUCUUCGACCUUCUAUCGCUUAUCAAUAGUGCAGUAAAUUUUGUGUUAUGUGCUCUGAUGUCCCACGUCUUCAGAAGAGAAUUUCUUCAAACGUUCAGCAUGUGUUGCCCUCAGUCAAGCGAAAAUCAUAGCGGUGCACCGAUCACUAAGCCAACAAAAAAAUCGUUGUUCGCCACACUAACGCCAAUGCGGAAAACUAAGGGUUUUUUGCCGGUGCCCACAAGCGAACGUGAGGAUCGUUCUUCCGAUGAAAGAAUGCAACAAAUCACACGACAAGGAUAG